ACUGCAUAACCGAAACAAUGGGACUCCCUACCAGUCAAAAAGCUGCCGUCAAACAGGGGGAGGGAAAAUCAUCCACAGCGCCAGUCAAAGAUAUCUCGGUUCCGGAGCCAGCUCCUGGACAGAUCCUUGUCAAGAUCAAUUGGACUGGCCUAUGCGGUAGCGACAAGUCGCUCAUCUAUGAUGAGUGGGCCACCCAAGGACUUCGCAUGACCCCGGACACUCACGGCAUUGCCGGUCAUGAGGGAGCCGGAGAGGUUGUCGCAGUCCACGACGAUGUCAAGGACCUGUGGAAAGUCGGAGAUCGUGCUGGUGUGAAAUGGGUUGCCAGCGUCUGCAGGAAGUGCGAGUUCUGCACAAACGGAACCGAUGAGCUUCAAUGCCCGAAACAGCUGAAUUCUGGCUUCUCAAUCGCCGGCACUUUCCAGGAAUACUGCUUGACGGAUGCUCGAUAUGCCACAAGAUUACCAGAGGGCGUUUCUGACGAGGAGGCAGGUCCAAUCCUUUGCGGUGGAGUGACAGCCUAUACUGCGUGUAAGCGAAGUGCAGUCCGUCCCGGCCAAUGGAUUGUAUUGCCAGGUGCAGGUGGUGGUUUGGGUCAUCUCGCCGUCCAAUACGCAAAAGCCAUGGGCAUGCGAAUCAUCGCGGUUGAUGGUGGAGAUGACAAGGGCAAGCUCUGUAAGCAGCUUGGUGCUGAGCACUACAUCGAUUUCCUCAGCUGCAAGGACGUCGCCGCUGAGGUGAUGAAGCUCACGACCUUUGGUGCCCACGGUGUCAUCGUCUUCGCCGCAACCAAGGAGGCAUACGGAUCGGCUCCAAACUUCCUCCGUCCGGGUGGUACCGUCGUAGCUGUUGGUCUGCCAAAAGACGAGACAAUCAUUGCUGGAGCAUCACCUCUGACGCUAGUUCUAAAGAGGCUGAAUAUCGUUGGAUCGGUCACCGGAACUUUGAAGGAGGUGGAAGAGGCUCUCGAUUUCACGGCCCGAGGCCUGGUCCGUCCCAUACUUACAAAGGGAACGCUGGAAGACGUGGAUCGCUUCUUGCAGUUGCUAGAUCAAGGCAAACUCCCCGGCCGAGCAGUCCUUAAGAUUGCCGCAUGAUCUGGACAUUAGCCCUCAUGGUA